CGGAAGAAGGGUGUUUGGGUUUUUCUGAUUAGACAGUUGGCAACCCUUCAAAACGCCCCCUUCACAAUUAACACCCCUCCCAAGCUCCCGUCAGCCAAUUGACACCCCCCCAGUUUUCCCUUCUCCAUCUGAUCCCUCCUGCCAAGCUCCUCCCUCCCCUUAUCCUUGGCCUCAUCCUGAAUUCCUCCCUCUCUAGCCCCUGAGGGGCCCCCUGAGCUCAACCCAUCCACCCUGCUCCCUGGGGGUCAGUUAUGUCAGUUUAACUGUCACCUCAGGGACAUUCUGAGCUCCCCUCCCCCAAAGGGGCCACCUGCACCCUCGUUCAUCAGGGGCUGGAACAGCCAAUCAGGGGCUGGCCUGGGUGCCGGGGGGCUAUGAAGGGCUCCCCAGGACUCAGGGUUUGCAGACGCCUGGCAGGGCUGUGCCUGUGCUAAGAGCCUUGGCUGCAGGGUCCCAGGCAGUGGCAGGGGGAGGCUGCCCCAGGCAGAUGCUGUGGGCUCAGGGGCAAUGGAAGUCUGCAGUUCCCAGAACGAGCUUCAUGGAGAAGGCAGGAGCUGGGGUCUCUGGGGAUGGAAGUUGGGAGUCCAGGAGCAGAGCUGGGCCCUCGUUGGGACCGGAGCCCCCAUGUCAGUCACAGCUGUGCACCCCUCCCUUCCUGUGUUGUCUUUCCGUUGAUUUCAAUGGGCUUUGGGUCAGGCCCUCAGCCAUUCUAUGAGGUGCCUAAUUCCAUGUUCCUGAUAAUACAGUGGCAACCUUCUUUGUUCAUCACUCUCUCAACAGCCUCAUAGUGGUUCAGUCCAACUGAUUAAUUUUGCACGAACCACACACUGAUCACUGUGGUUUACUGUGAGGAAAAUGUUGUUUACUCCACCCCCAGCUUCAUCAGUGCAAAAGGCACUCGGAGACCACAGAACAGGCUAUAAAUAAGGAGGUUCCAACAGGCAGGGGAAGUGGUGUACAUACCCUAUGCAGUGUGGGGCUGGUAAGACAGCCUGUUUCCCACCAGAGGGCCGAAAGUAUUUCUCAUACAUCUAAACUGUAACCAUGAGCACUGAUUUCAGCAGAGGAAGAGUCUGCAUGGACUCCAGCUGAAGAUUCCUACAAGCAAGUGGAGGGAAGAUGAUGUUUUAGACCCAGCAGACUGUAUAGAUUUGGUGAUCAAAGACUCUAACUGAGACUUAAGUGAACAAAACCUAAGCUGUUGGGAACUUUCAGUUUCUUCUCACUGUAUUUCUGUGGGGACUGAACUGUUCAGCUUUUCAUUUGUUUUAUUUUUUUAUCUUUAUGUAUAACUGUGAAGGUAAACCUGCUUGGCCAUUUGCUGAGUCUAUGGGGAACUUUGACACUGGUGAUACAUCCAACCAAGGCGCCUCACCUGCACAUGAAAAUGAGAUGUCUUGGGAGAUGGAGAAUGCUGCCAUGCAAGAGGGUGGAUCACCGGCUUCCAGCAGGAGUGCAUCCCCAGUGCAGUUACCGUCUGACCCAAGAAAAGGCACUUACGUGGGGCUGCGUAACCAGGGUUCCACCUGCUACUUAAACAGCCUGCUGCAGUGUCUCUUCUUCACGCGAGAGCUCAGAGAGGCCAUCCUCAGCUGCAAUAAUUGUGACUCCGGUAUCGUGUGUCAGCUGAAAAAACUGUUUCAAAAACUUUUGAAGCAUGAUAAAUCAGCACCUUCCACCAAAGGGAUUACGAAAUGCCUUGGGGUGAGAAAUGUGCACCAGCAGCAGGAUGUCGUGACAUAUUUCCGGAUUCUGAUGAAUAAAAUCAUUGAGGAGACAGAAGAUAUUCAGCCGCUAUACCAGGUGAAAAUGGUCCAUUCCAUCACUUGCCAUGGAUGCAGACAGCAAGCUAGAAUCCAGCAGAAUCCUGUCCUGAGUCUUGCUCUCUCUCUUGACCAGUACACUUCUAAUUGCGAAGUUUAUUCUGUGCAUAAUGCUUUGGAUGCUGUACAGAAAGUAAAUGAAUUUACUGGUGAUGAGAAGUUCUACUGUGAAACAUGUAGAAGCAAACAAAAAGCCACAUCGCGCUACUACUUUGAAACUCUACCCCAGAUUCUUGUUCUCAAUUUGAAGAGAUAUCAGUUUGAUGGUAAUCAGUUUAGGAAGCUCCAUUAUGAGGUGUCUGUGCCUUUUUCACUGACUCUGAAUUCGGAAGAGCAGCCUAACGCACAGUAUGAACUCUUUGCAGUAUGUCACCAUAAAGGAGAAAUUCACGGUGGCCAUUAUGUGGCUGAUAUAAAGUCAUUUGAAAACGAGUGCUGGUACUCCUUCGACGACACCAUGGUAUGGAAGGUGCAAGAAGACCAGAAUACAAUGGAUAAAAACAGUUCCACUGCAUAUCUGUUAAUGUACCGCAUGGGGAAUUGUGAUGCUAAGCCAAGAAAGGAGCCUCACGGACCCUGUGACACUGGGGGCUUGUCCGGGAACCUCCUAGCCACUGUUACUAGUGGCUGCCAGCAUGGAGGAGACCCUAAAGUGGCUGGUGACCACUGUGAAAGAAAUGCAGCAGUCCCAACAGAUGGAACGACCAGCCCUGAUGACCUGGCAGGCGGACCAACAGAGGGCACUCCAGGAAUUUAUCAGGGAACAGUCGGUGACCCAACAACAAAUCCUCCAAAGAGUGGGACGUAUAUGGGGCUGCGUAACCAAAGCUGCACCUGCUGCUUAAACAGCCUGCUGCAUUGUCUCUUCUUCACGCGAGAGCUCAGCGAGGCCAUCCUCAGCUGCAAUAAUGUUGGUGAUUCCAUCAUUGUGUGCCAUCUGCAACAGCUGUUUAAAGAGCUGACGACUGGUGGUUCAUCACCUACCACUGAGAAGAUUACAAGAGCCCUUGGGAUGGGCAAUGUGCUAGAUGUGAAGGAAUGUUUCCAGCUUCUGAUGGAUAAAAUCAUUGAGGAAAAAGAAGAGAUUCGACAGCUAUACCAGUUGAAAAUGGUCUAUCUCAUCACUUGCCAUGGAUGUGGCCAUCAGAAGACGCUGAAGGAACCCGACCUGAGUAUUAGUCUCCCAGUUCUGAAACAAAAUUAUAAUUGGGCAGGUAAUUCUGUGGAUCGUGUUUUGGAUGAUAUGCAGAAAGAACAUCCCUAUACUGGGGAUGGCCAACACUAUUGUGAAUGCUGUGAAAACCAAAGAAGCACACUGCGAUACUGUUUUGAAACUCUACCCCAGAUUCUGGUCAUCCAUUUGAAGAGAGAUCAUCACAUUAAUGCUGGGGUGUCUGUGCCCCUCUCACUGACGUUAAAAACAGAUGAUCUGCUUGGGACAGACUAUGAGCUCUUUGGAAUGUGUCACCAUAUUGGAGCAAUUCAUGGUGAUCAUUACACGGCUGAAGUAAAGUCAUUGGAAGAUAAUCACUGGUACCACUUCAAUGAUAGAGAAGUGUCUGAGGUCUCAGAAGAACAGAUCUCUUCAAAAGUCCAGAACAGUGACACCGUAUCUCUGUUAAUGUACCGCAAGGUGAAUUCCGAUGCUAAGCCAGUUAAAAAGUCGGUCAGAGCAGAUGAUGAACUCUGCUUCCCCAGGAGUGCUACAGAAUCCAGGGAAAUCUCUGAUGUAAAUCAACCAGAUUUUCCUGGUGCAAAUCAACAGGACCCUUUCAAUGAGUCAGGCUUCCCUGGUAACAGUGUGUGCUGCAUCAAUGAGGAAGCUGAUACUCAGCAGAAACCAGACAGCAAAAAAGAAAAAAAGCUCAACCCUCUUCAAUUGAUCAACAUCCGUCUUGAAUUGUGGACACCAGAACUGGACACAGUAUCCCACCAGUGCCAGAUAUAGAGUGAAAUACCCCCUCUACUCUGACUCGAGAGUUCUUUUGUUGGUACUGAAGACCACUUACUCCUCCCAGGCCCCUGGAAAGCUGUAACCAUAUUAAAUAUACUUUUUAAAGCAGAAUUACUACCUGUGUGAUAUGUUCUCUGGAAAACAGGGUUUGAUAAUGGAGUAUGUGGAUAACGUGAACAUCUUGUCAAAACAAGUUUCCAGAAAAGAUAUUUCACUCAAGAUCUCUGUAGUCUUUCUGCCAGGUGUUGUUGGAAGCAAAAAAGAGGGCUGGGUUCAAAUAUCUGGUGUUUCCUCUUAAGAUUAGCAAACACCACUGGCUUGAGGCCCCCCACUCAGAAAUCUGGGGUGGAAACUGAAUACCUUAACAGCUGAUAUUCGCCCCAAGCACUGAGUCUGUGUAUAAAACAAGGAAAGAUUUAUUAAGGAAAAAGAACAUAGCAACAAUAAACCAACAAUAUAUUCAUACAAAUAAUGAGUAGAACACCCACUCCCAUAGUAUUCUGGGCAGUAGUCUUCCACAUAGUUCCCUCCCUGCCCACUUGAACCUCUGAUGAAUAAAUAUCUCUUAAAUACAUCACUUUCCCCCUUUGUUCCUCUGCUACAGCCCAUUCCAGGUUUGUUGUCAGUGGUUGUGACACUCAGCCAGAAAGGGUCAAGUGACUAGCAGGCUAAAUGACCCAAAUUCAACCUUUAAAGACAUCUUAGAAAAAUAUAUGUAAGCAGUCAGGGUGAGCUCUACCCUGACAUCUGGUGGUGAAUGGUGGUCAGUGUGGAAAAGAACUUCAGGGGCUGGUGUUGUUUGCAUAGGCACACCCACC